UGUACUUCGUAUAACUAUUAACUUGUAUAAGUCAAGUAUCAAUGAUUACUGAUCGGUUCGAGUAUAAUACCUCGGGUCACUCAAACACAACACUAGAAACCAGAAUAAUAUGUAGUACAGAUCUCUCACUCUCACUCUCACUCAUUCGUGUAAUGAUCAAUUAAUUAAUCAAGUAACCCGUCAGACGUUAAACGAGUGGAUUAGCUUAGCUGGCAAUGGCAGACACCAAAGGAAACGUUGCGCUCGUAGUCGGUGCGUCUAGAGGGAUAGGGAGACAAAUCGCCGUAGACCUGGCGAAGAACGGAUAUGCUGUCGUCGUCGCAGCCAAAUCAACAAGUGACGCCCAGAACGUCGUCCCCUUCCCACCGGACCCCAACUCUUCGCUGUCUACUAUUAGUACUGUUGAGCGGGAGAUCCGUGAAGCGGGCGGCCAAGCGACAGCGAUACCGGUAGACGUCCGGGACUUUGCCAGCGUGCAGAAGCUCGUGGACAGGACUAUCGAGACCUACAACCGCCUCGACGUCCUAAUCUACAACUCAGGCGCAAUAUGGUGGGCCUCCGUCGACGACACGCCCAUGAAGCGGUUCCAGCUCAUGCAGCGCGUGAACCCGGAAGGUCUCUACGGGACCAUCCAAGCCAGCCUGCCGCACCUCAAGCGGCACCACCAGCGCGGACGCAUCGUCGUCGUUAGCCCGCCGAUCUACAGCCGCUUUUUCCGGGGGAAGACGGCGUACGCCGUGGGCAAGGUAGGCAUGAGCGUGCUGACCAAGGGGCUCGCGAUGGAUUUCGAGAGGCAGGGGUUGCGGGAGAUGGCGGUUACCAGUCUUUGGCCAGCUGCUGCCAUCGAAUCCGCCGCCACCGUCAAAGCAACCAGCACCAACCCCUCCGAAGCGCGGGACCUGCGCCGCGCAACCAUAUUCUCCGACGCCGUGCUCGCGAUCCUGCGCGCGCCCGCCCCCAGCGUAAACGGCCAGCUCGAGCUCGACGAGGACUUCCUGCGCAGCGAGGUAGGGGGACGCAUCACUGACUUCUCCAAGUAUGCCCUCGUUCCUGGCUCGGAGCCUCGACGAAUCAUGCCGGCUGUGCUACCGGACUUGACGGUCGCGGAGCAGGACGAUGAGGGCAAGAGGAUGGAUAGUGCUGCGGAGAGGAGGGGGGCAAAGUUGUAA